AGAGAAAUAGCGGUAAUAGGAAUAUACCAAAUGAUGGAUAGUGAACAGCAGCAGCGCCAGCAUUCGCUGGUUGGUCUCACAGGCCUGCCACCACUGCCAAAAAGCCUAAGUGCAGCUGCUGGCGGAAGCAGCAGCGUCCUUCUACACAGUGGCCUGCCACAAACUCGUUCGCACACCUCAUCACCACUGCAUCCAACGGUUGCUGGUGGCUCUGCCAGCGUUGCUGCACUAACAGCAGCCGCAGGGGAUCUCUAUUUGGGUCCAUCCACCUCGGCAGCGGCCCGCAAUCGCAACUACAAUGGCCAUGGGCAGCGUCAUGGCAGCCUAUCAAGUACACAGGAGUCGCUCAGCGAUCGCGAGAGUGUGCACAGCCGUGCCUCCUCCACCCACAGCGGUUGUGGAGGCGGCGCAAGUCAGCAACACACGCCCACCAAUAGUUCCGGGGCUGCCUCAAGCACCAUUGACACCCAGCUGGCCAUAUUGCGACGUGAAAUGUAUGGACUGCGGCAACUAGACUUAUCGCUGCUGUCCCAGCUGUGGGCGCUGAACGAAUCCAUACAGGGUUUUCGUGUGUUCCUCCAGGAGCAGGAUGCACUGUCACCACCCUCACGCUCGCGUACGCCGUCAGAUGCAAACUCGCUGUCUUCGGAUGAAGACGAUGGCUCUUAUGAGCCCGUUGGUAUAACCAAAGCGCGCGCGACGCCGGCAAUUAUGUCGACACUAGCUUCCCCGGCUACGAGUGUGCUGCCCAAUAAGUUGGCAACAGGCUCAACCACCUCUCACGCAUCGACCAGCUCGACAUCUGGCACUUCGGGCUCAUCAUCGGCUGCCUCAUCCAUGGGCAAGCAUCACCACCAUUUGCAGCAGCAACAGCACCUGCAUUUACAACAACGCCCUGCGCCGCCGCCAGCUCCUCCGGCACAGCACAAGGCGCACCCGCAGCUGCCGCGUAUACUGCAACAGCGCAUGCGGCAUGCGCCACCACCACCACCGCCCACAAGAUCCAAGGCUGGUGGCGCAAGCAGCAGCAGCAGCAACCAGAGCAUCAGCAGUGUUACGCAGCAGCAGCAGCUGCAUCACCAGCGGCCAGUAUGACAAAAUCCGUUCUUGGACUAAAUCUAGUUUAGUCCAAGAACGAAUAACGGCAACAAAAUCAAGAGCUGGAUAAGCAACAAACAAACAAACAAAAUACGGCAGCAAAUAUUUAUCAAAGGUCAAUUGCACAUUUCAUAGGCGUCAAUUUCGAGAGAGAGCGAAACAGAGAGAAAACAACAUUACAUUUAGCAUGUUCAUAAUCCUCCUAAGUAUAUCCUGUAUUAUGCCCUAUUGGCACCAGCUGUCGCUCUCUGACUCUCAAAGGAACCCAGGCUUGCACUUGCCAUCUUCUCUACCCACUCUCAACUCCAGCGGAACGCGUGUUGUUCUUGGAUAUUAGAAAUAAUAUGCUUUUCCAAACAAAAUUAUGUAUUAACGAUUAAUAUUUAACACGAAGAAGAAACACAUUUGUAUUCAAUAAUAAUAUUUAAGUAGCAAAGGAUAAGAUCCUCGGCAAAAAGCAAACAAAAUUACAUUGCGUGUGUUUAUAUAUGCUAUGCUAUAUUAUAAUUGUAUAUUUAACAUUACAUUAAUAUAAAAAUUGCUUCUUGAUCAUAGAACAGAAAAGUGUUGCAUCGAAUAUCGUAUAAACGUGGCGUAUUUUUUGUUCAAAACUACCUACUCAUAAAUACAUACAUACAUAUAUAAGUCGUAGUCAGCGUAAUAUUUGUUAAAUACUUGCUAUUGAUACUUUUGCGCAUUACCUUGAAAACAAUGUUCACUCAUAUUAACAACAACCAAAACUAAACUCUUGGCCUAUAACACAAAAAAGAAAAAACCAAAACAAAAAAGCUAUGUUUGUUGUUCUCGUCGUUAUAAUGAGCGUUUCGAAAUGUGUUCACGCAGAUAAAUAGUUUUUAUAAACAAAGUUAUUGCGUUUGCGCGAUAUCUGAACAUUUUAUAAUAUUAUGUAUUUCUGUAGUAAACAUACUUACCUUACCUAUGUACAUAUAUGUAUGUACUAUACAUAUAUCUGCGCAAAUUGUUGGCCUGUUUGCACCCAUCUUUAGUCUUAGCAAAGAAAUCAAUAUGUGGUUACGAACUAUUUGGGAAUGUGGAUUCUCAACAUACAUAUGUAUCUCAAUGAACUAGCUGAUCUUAGUCCAAUAUUAAUCCUAAUAACCCCUAGCUGGAAAACUGCGCAGUUGCAUGUAGAAUCUUUAGGCAAGUUGGCGUUCUAUAGAUGAGCAUUUCCGAGACAUACACCUACAUAAAGUUUUUAAAUAAACAUCUAUAUACAUACGUACAUAACAAA